CUGAAAAUGAGGAGGGUUCAUGUUCUGGUUGUGUUCUCACUGGCUCUGGUGAUGGGAAUAGCUGAGGGUUUCGAUUUCCAGGAGACGGAUAUCGCGUCCGAGGAGAGUCUGUGGGAUUUGUACGAGAGGUGGAGAAGCCAGUACACGGUUACCGAUCACACGGUUACGUCCAGGAGUCUUGAUGAUAAGAACAAGCGGUUCAAUGUGUUCAAACAAAAUGUUAUGUAUGUGCACGACACUAACAAGAAGGACAAACCUUAUAAGUUGAAGCUAAACAAGUUUGCAGACAUGACUAAUCUUGAAUUCCGAAAAACUUAUGCCGGCUCGAAGAUCAAGCAUCAUAGGAUGUUACACGGGAAAUCCCUGGGGACUGGGAGCUUCAUGUAUGAGAAUGUAGACAGUGUUCCAAAAUCUGUUGAUUGGAGGAAAAAAGGAGCUGUUACUGCCGUCAAGGACCAAGGCCAAUGUGGUAGCUGCUGGGCAUUUUCAGCUGUUGUAGCAGUUGAGGGUAUUAAUCAAAUUAAGACGAACAAAUUGGUAUCCCUGUCUGAGCAAGUUUUGAUAGACUGUGAUACUGAAGAAAAUCAAGGAUGCAAUGGAGGGUUGAUGGACGUUGCAUUUGAUUUCAUCAAGAAGAAAGGUGGGAUCACUACGGAGGCCAAUUACCCUUACAAAGGUGAAGAUGGAAGAUGUGACGUUUCCAAGAUGAAUUCUCCAGCAGUGUCUAUUGAUGGCCACGAGGAUGUGCCUGCCAACAAUGAGGAUGCUCUGCUUAAAGCAGUGGCACACCAGCCAGUAUCCGUGGCCAUAGACGCUGGGGGUAGCGAUUUCCAGUUCUACUCAGAGGGGGUAUUUACUGGGACAUGUAGCACUGAGCUGAAUCAUGGAGUUGCAGCUGUGGGCUAUGGAACAACUCUUGAUGGAACCAAGUAUUGGAUAGUGAAGAACUCCUGGGGAUCUGAAUGGGGAGAGAAAGGUUAUAUAAGGAUGGAACGUGGCAUCAAAGAAAAGGAAGGACUCUGUGGUAUAGCAAUGGAUGCUUCAUAUCCUGUCAAGAACUCUUCCUCUAAUCCUAAAGGACCGUCAGACUAUCCUAAGGAUGAACUCUAAACAAUUCUAGCUAUUGAUUCCAGCUUUGUUCUUGUCUCAGCUGUUAUUUCCCUCUGUCCAAAAGUUGCAUGCAACAGAAUCAUGGUUGAAUAAUAUUCCCUUAAAAUUUGGUGUCAAUUUUAUCUGUUACAAUUAAUGACUUUGAAAGCAAGUAAAAAAAUAAAUGGUUUAAUGUUACAAAUGACUUUUAAAUUAUAGUGAAAUGUUUAAUGUGGUAUU